UCGUGUAGUUUCCCGCCAAGUAACAGCUUUAGUAGGACCAUUCUCGUAUGGCGUAGAUAACCGACAGUUGUGUUUUAUUUGUCCAUAUUAUUUUAAAGCCAUUGUUCGUAAUAUUCAACGUGAAAAAUGGGAGAAUCGGAAGAUAUGGAGGACUCGACUUAUAGUAGGCAUCAAGAUUUAUGUCAGAAAUUAAAUAUGGAUGCAACUGCUGCUUCUGAAGCUUGGAGAUCAUACGAAACUAUUCGACAAAAUUAUACCUUGGAGGGUGAUCAACUUCAUUGGAUAGGAUGCGCCUUAUAUGUUGCAUGCAGAAAAUCUUCUACACCUACCGUUGGAAGAACAGGUAGCAAUGUAGAAGGAAAUGGUGUAUCUUUAACUCGUCUUUUACAAUUAUGCAAUCUACCAUUGAUACAGUUCUUUACAAAAAGUAAAUCUUGGGCAGACAUGGCUAGCAUGCCACAAGAUUUCAGGGAAAAGAUUGAUAAACUAGAAGGAAACUUUUCAGUUUCUAUGGUUAUUUUUAAAAAGUAUCAGCCAAUUUUUACUGACAUAUUUAAAGAUCCAUCCGAUGACAUUUCAAGACCAUCUAGAUCGAGAAGAAAUAAAUCAUUUCCUUGUACACCAUCAAGAGUAUUUGAAUUUUGUUGGACAUUAUUUAUUUGUAUAAAAGGAGCAUUUCCCGACAUAUCUGAUGAUUUAGUUAAUUCUUAUCAUUUACUUUUGGCUUGUUGUGACCUUAUAUAUGCCAAUGCUUUAAUGGCAAAUAGGAAAGAUCUUCUAAAUCCUAAUUUUCCUGGUUUGCCAGGAAAUUUCAAUGAUGAAAAUUAUAUACCACCGCAAAAUCCAAAUUGUAUUAUUAAUUUAUUAUGCGAGCGUCAUGAAGCUGUUGCCGUUGAAGCAAAAUGUAUCAAAGAAUAUCACUUGAAGAAUCAUAUUAAUAAGUUAUUUAAUGAGAGAAUCCUUCGUGGAGAACAGUCUAAUUUUUCUGGUAUUUUAGAAGCUUCAAAUUUUGAUGGAAAUAGUAAAGCUGUUAAUAAAGCAUAUGAGCAAUAUGUGUUGAGCGUUGGAGACUUUGACGAAAGAAUAUUUCUAGCUGAAUGGAGGAGAGUGAGACUAGGCGGGAUAUCAAGCUUGGAAAUAGUUGGAGGAGAUAUUGUUUGUCGUACUAAAUUUGCAAAACCUAUGCCUAUAAAAGGUCAAGAUGCUAGUGAUAAUAUUGGUUCACCUGCACAGGGUAGUAGUAGUAGCGAUGUUCAUGAUCAGUUUCAGUCAAGACGAGAUCAUUAUGCAGGACAAAUGCAACAUUUAGCUCCUCCUACUCCACUAACAGGUCGCAAAUAUCUCAAACCAAAGGAUGUAUCAAGCGCAACUCCAGUUUUUACAGCUACUCAAAGUGUAAUACGCCUUCAAGCUAUGUUAGCUGGUCAGUCUUCGCCAAGCGCAACUUUAUUACAAAUAUUCAAUAAUUGCACGCAAGAUGUUAAAACAUUUGUAACAACGAAAGUAAAAGAGAUAGGAGAACAAUUUUGUGCCAAUUACACCAAAAGUUCAGAUACUAACGAAAACUCGACUCUAGAUUUUGGAAGGAAACGUCUUUGUUUAGGACAAACUCUUUUUUACAAAUUUUUAGAGAUGAUUAUUAACGAUGAAAAACAUAAAAAGCCUAAUUAUGAUAUUACGAAUUUACUUAUGAAUGAAAGAUUUAUACGAUGUUUGUUCGCGUGCUGCUUAGAGAUAGUUAUUUACUCAUAUAAAAGUAAUGAUAAGGUGUUUCCAUGGAUAUUAAAGGCCUUGGAUUUAGAAGCUUACUAUUUCUAUAAGGUUAUAGAAAUAAUAGUACGAGCAGAAGAACAAUUACCGCGUGAUGUUGUAAAGCAUUUAAGUCAAACAGAAGAAAGAAUAUUAGAAGCAUUAGCUUGGAAAAAGAAUAGUCCAUUAUGGCAAGCGAUUGAAUCUACCAUUGGUGAAGUACCUAGUUGUGAAGACGUUUCUUUACCUGGUACACUAGAAAUAAUAGACCAAAAUAAUACGGGGCAGCCAAUAUUAAAAAGAAUUACUGUUGAUCGUAGUGGACAUAAUGAUGUACCACAAAGUCCAAUUUCUUCUGCAUCCGAUAGAUUCCAAUCACCAAUAACGGCAUCUGGUAUAGCUAAAAAGCGUUUAUUUCCUGAUACUAGAACUACCGGACAAAGUGUUUUACGUGUAUCUUCAAAAGUUGUAAUUGAUGGUAAUUCACGAAUACUUUUAACAUUACCUGAUCAACUUACAGUACCAAAAACAUCUACUCCACAAACAACUAUUAAUUUAUCACAAAGCUCAUCAAUUACUAAGGAAGCUGGAAAACCAAAAAAAACUGGUUCUGUCGCGUUAUUUUUUAGAAAAUUCUAUAAUCUCGCAUGUGUACGUAUGCAGGACCUUUGCAACUCCUUAGAUAUUACAGACAUAGAUUUACAGAAAAAAAUAUGGACAAUAUUUGAGUAUUCGAUAAAGGAACGUACAGAGUUAAUGAGAGAUCGACAUUUGGAUCAAAUUCUUAUGUGUGCAGUUUAUGUGAUAUGUAAAUUAGUUAAAAUGGAGAAAAAUUCUUUUACCGAAAUCAUGCGAUGUUAUCGUUUACAACCACAAGCAGAGUCUCAUAUAUAUAGGUCAGUACUUAUUUGCAAAGGACCACAAGAAAUAAAAGCACACACUGAAGCAUCAGGAAGUAACGAAAUUAAAAUGGAUGAAGAAGCAAAUGUGGCACCUCCAACACCAACAAAUAUGGCAGGAACAUCACAAGAUUAUGGGACUGAGAGACGUGGAGAUUUAAUUAAAUUUUAUAAUACAGUUUAUGUGCCACAAGUUAAAGAAGUUGCUAAUAAAUUAGGAUUGGCUCGUGGAAGUACUCAAACUCUUACAUUAAGUCCAUUACCUAAAAGUAAAGUGUGCACUAAUUCUCCAGUGAGACGUGUUACAGACAGUAUUUUAACACGUACACUUGAUAUAAAAGCAAUGAAUGCAUCACCUGCGCCACAAUUAAGUUAUUGUUUUAGUCGCAGUCCAGCUAAGGAUUUAGAAGCUAUUAAUAAAAUGAUGAUUUCUAUAAGCGCAAAAAAAAGUGUCAACAAACGACUUUUAUCAGAUGAUACUACUGACGUAGAAAUGACAGAUGGCGGGCCCUCUCCAAUAAAAAAGUCAACGACAGUUGUUAGAAAACUGGAAAACAUUAUGGACGAACGCCGUACAAAAACACAAUAAUUAAAGUUCAUUUAGAUUGAAACAAUCUAUACAAUUUAAGUGAGACUAAAACAUGUGAAAAUUUGUAGAAAAGAUUUUUGUAAAAUUUUAUUUUUAUAGAUUAAGUUAGAAGAAAGAUUGAUAAUAUUAUGAU